AGAACAAAUAUUGAAAGAGAGAGAGACAGAGAGAGAGAGAAUGGUGAACACAAUCAAGCUCUACCAGCCCUUGUUGCGAGCGGCGAUGAAGCUCGCCGGCGUGAGACCUCGAAAGAUCGAGAUCGAACCCGGAACUGUCAUGAACUUCUGGGCUCCAACCCGACCCCAAAACAACAACAAGAACAAGAACGCUGUCGUCUUCCUCCACGGCUUCGUCGGCGACGGCAUGAUGACGUGGCAGUUCCAGGUGCUCGCGCUCGCGAGGAAGUAUGCCGUCUACGUGCCGGACCUCCUCUUCUUCGGCGGCUCUGCCACCGGCGACAGCCGCCGGACGGUGGACUUCCAGGCGGACUGCGUGGCGAAGGGGCUGGCGGCGCUCGGGUUGCGGCGGUGCACGCUGGUGGGGUUCAGCUACGGCGGGAUGGUGGCGUUCAAGUUGGCCGAGUCGCGGCCCGACCUGGUGGAGUCGGUGGUGGCGACGUGCACCGUGCCGGCGCUGACCGAGUCGAUAAGCAAGGAGAGCUUGGAGAAGUUGGGGUUUCCGACAUGGCCGGAGGUUUUGAUGCCUAAUUCUGUAGAUGGUGUGAAGAAGAUGUUUGAAGUUGGGAGCCACAAGUUGCCUAGGAUCCCUAAUCGUGUUUUCAAAGACUUUUUAGAGGUCAUGUUUGACUACAGAAAGGAGAGAGCUGAGCUGCUGGAGGCUUUGGUCAUUCCAGACAAGGGCUUCACUCUGCCAGAGUACUCCCAGAAGGUCCAUCUAGUCUGCGGCGAGGACGACAAGAUCUUCAGUGUAGAAGUAGUGAAGGAUAUCAAAGAAAAAUUGGGUAAUAAAGCCACAUUGGAGUGCAUUGAGAAAGCAGGCCACCUUGCUAUAAUGGAGCGACCCUUCGUCUACAAUAAAUGUUUGAAGAGAAUUCUUGCCUCCAUCUACGAUAAGAAGUCAAAUGAGUUUAGCCACGAGUGAACAUCGUUUAUAUUCAAAUUUGUUUAUUUGUUGAGAGUACAAAGAACUAUAAUGAAGUACUUGGAUUAUUCUCCAUGGAUUAAACUUCAGAUCUCUCUUUGAUGGGUGAGGAUCAUUUAUUUGUGUCUCAAUUUACCCAUGCCAUUUACUGUA